CUUUACAUUGCUUCCUUUUUGCAUCUAGCUGUCGCCAAACUUCGCCAAGUCAAACUUUCAGGUCUUGUGCGCAUGCACAGGCACAAUUGACUUCAAACUUCGUUAGAAAAGGAGCUGCAGUUAUCUGGAAAGAGAAGUACUCUGGACAGUCUCUGACGGUAGCGACAUUCAGGCAUUCAUGCUCCGUUCCACGCACCGCAUUCAAACAAACGCCGUGGACGGCAAUGCACGGCAGGGUAUGUGGGCCUGGUGGAGACACCAGCGCGUUCGCAGGCGCGGGAAACGGCAGAGAGGGCCGCAGCAAGCCAGCAACCAACCGCGAUCUGGGUCGGCACCUGCAUCAGGCGUUGGCUGACUGACAACAGACCUCAAGUACCGAAUACAAGUACCGAAUACAAACAGUUUACCACAAACAUUAGCUGUUCAAGACAUGUUCCCCCGACACCAAAGCCAGUCAGUUCGGUGCGACGCCAGGCGCGGCGCCUGUUGAAUGAGAGUUGAGCGACUCCUGUGCGACGCCCAAGAGCCAGAAUGUCUGCGGCGAUAGAAUGCAGCCCUGAGCAUGGCGCGGUGGCAUCGGCGGACCACGGCGGCCGCUCCUGCUCAAUUACGUCACCGCGCAAGCGCACCGGCGGCCCGCGCUCGCUAAGCGCUGGUGGCGAGCCACCAAAGCAGAUGCCGCCACAUCGCGAGGAGGAGGAGGCAACGGAAUGCCCGCAGCAGCCCGGAAGCCAGGCCGGGUCGGCGCGUGCGCUCUCCUUCGGCCGCUGGUUCGCGCGGCGGGCGCGGCCCACCGACAUCGCCUGGCUGCUGGCGGACGCGGUGUUCACCAACGUGUCACAUGCGGCGCGGCUGGGCCAGGCACUCCAUUGCGACAGCGGCGACAGCGGCGACGGCCGCAGCCGGGGGUUGGGACUCGGCAGCAGUAGCAGUGGCAAUGGCAGCAGCAGUUGCAGCAGCAGCGGCAGUAGCAACUUCCCGUGCAGCGGCGGGCUGUGGUCCAAGCUGCUGUGGUCGCUGAGCUCGGGCGCGGUGGUGGACCCCCUGCUGCGGCUGCGGAUGUGGGACUUUGGUAACUUGCUCUACACCUUGGGCGAGCUGGCAGCGGUGAUGAUUGCGGUCCUGGCGCCGUGCCUUUACGUGCGGUGCCGCCCCGUGCUCAUCGGGGCCAUCAGCGCUGCCCCAGUCGUGGGCGGCUGGCUCACGCUGCUGCUUGCGCCGGAUGCGGCACUGCGGCUGUGCGCGGUGGUCUACAUGUGCGCGCUGCGGCAUCGCUUGGGCGGCAUCUGCCUAGGCUGGAGGAGCGCCGCACUGCUGCGGUUCCCCACCUGGGCGCAGCUGGUGACCGGGCCACUGGUAUGGCUGCUGGCGGUGCCCGUGCUGUCGCACAUGGACCGCCGCCUGCCGCCGGCAGCAGGUGGCAGCUGCAGCGGCGGCGGCGGUGGCGGCAACGGCGGCGGCGGCAGCGAGGAGGGCCGCCGGGUGGCGACGCAUGCGCUGCUGAUGUUCGCGGCCAUUGUCGUGCUGCCGCACAUGCUCUGCCGUGCCUGGGAGGCCCGCGUACUGCGGCCCGAGUACGGCAAAUACCUGGGGGACUGCGUGCGUGCCGGCCGCCGUGACACGUGCGGUAGCAUGAGGGGCGACGCUUCCGGUCAGGUAGCGGGUGACGCUACGGACGCCGGCGCCACCAGUGAGCGCGGCGCCACAGCAAGUGGCGAUGACGGCGACGACGCCCGCAGCAGCGCGGCUUGCACUUCAACAUACUGGGACAGCACCCCGAGCCCCGGCGGCCCAGGUGGCAGCAGCUGCACCAGCGGCGGCGGCUACCGGCUGUUGUUGCGGAGCGGCUCUGUGGAGGCCUACCGCUGCGAUGGCGUGGCGGCGGUGGGGCUGCUGCCUGCCUCAUGGUCACCGGCGGCUCCCGCACUGACAUCCGCGGCCGCCGCGGCCGCCUCAGCUGCAGGUGCCACAGCCGGGCGCACCGAUGACGCGUGCAGCAGCGUGCGUGCAGAGGUAGCGGUGACAGAGGCGGCCCACGCAUCGAUAAGCCGCGCGCCUGUCACCAGGAGCCCCAUUCGCGACGGAGCAGUGCCCAUGCGCUUCAUGGCAGUGGUGGGGCUGAAGCCGCCAGUCCUGGGUGGUCUCGCGGCAGGCAGGCCGAGUCCGGUCCUUUACCGGCCCGCUGCCGCCGCCGGGGCUAGCACUAGCGGCGGCGGCCUGGGCCGCACCAGCCACACCGCCCUGGUCAGCAUCAAGGUGCCCGUCGGCCACCGCGGCUCCGACCCCGGCUCCGGCUCUAACGCUGCCGACGCGGGGCGCAGCCACAGUGAGGCACCCUACUUUGAGGAGGCGUCGGCCCGUGUGCUGCAAAGGACGGGCGCCGCCCUUGAGGCGUACAACCGCGCUGCUGUGGAGCUGUGGCCACCAGCAGAGCCGGCCGCCAGGUCAUCCAGUUCAGCCUCCAACAGAUCAAGUGGCAGUAGUGAUGGGCCUGGCGCCGGCGGUGGCGCAGCUUGGAGCCGUCCGCCUGCGGCCGUUCCGCUGCGUUGCCUCUCGGCGGUGUGCGUGGACGGCUGCGUGCAGCUGCUGAUGGUGGUGCACUUCAUGGCGGCGGGGGUGGCGGGGGAGGAGGCAGGCGGCCAGGAAGGGGAGGGGCAGGCAGUGCAGGCAGAGCCCUAUCCGCCUGUAGUCCAUGUAGAUCUGCAGCUCCCAGUGCCGCCGCUGGGGCAAGCACUGACCGCACCAGCAGCAGGCAUAGCCACAGUCAGUGAGCAGGCGGCCGCGCAAGCCACUGAGCCGGGCGGCGGCGUGCAGACUGCCGUGGAGGCCGCUGCCAGAGCUGCAGUGCAGCAUUGGCUUGCGCAUGCCGGGGCAGAGGCGCCGGCGGCAGGCGCUGCUGCGGACGCGCUGCCGCUGAUGGCGAGCGCCAUGGGCGCUUCUGCCUUUUGCUGGCCGCCCGCGCUGCCGCUGCUUCCAAGGCUGGCGCCAGCCGACGGAGCCGGCGCAGGCCAGGCUGGUGAGGGUGAUGAGGCGGUGGCGGUGGUGGUACUGCAGCUGCCGGCGACAGCGUCUGCGCGUGGCCUGCGCACCGUGCGCUGCGUGCUGGCGGGACCAGCAGCGGUACCGGCGCCCGGAGGUGAUGAGGGGGCUGGCAAGGCUGCUGUGGUGCACCUGGACGCGGAGGUUCCGCUGUACAUCCUACAGCAGCCGUCGCACGGAAGAGCCGGCUCGGCGCCUGAUCAGGCGUACAUCAGGAUGCCGGUCCCCUCAUGUGCGCGUCAGACCGUACCCGGCUUGCGCAUGCUGCACCUGCUGCCGCCACGAGCAGGCCACAUAGCGGCAGAACCAGCAACACCAGGCACCUCGGCCUCUUCGACUGCCCCAAGCAGCCAGAGCGACAGUGACGGCGGCCGCGACAGCACUGCGCCACUGGCGGUUGUGCCGCUGCUGGUGGUGGGGUCUGAGGCGGCGGCGGAGCUGCAGCAGCUGCAUGGGCAGGUGCUGGGAGAUGAGGCAGUGGCGCGGCUGCAUCAGCUGACCACCGCGGCUGUAGUAGGCGCGGCUGUGGAGGCUGAGGCAGUCAGCAGCCACAGCGCUGGAGAGGGGCUGUCGGGUGCUGCCGCGGCGCUGCAGCACAGCGGCCUGACCAGUCUGGUCCUGGACUUUGGGGCGCUGCUGCAGGUGACGCAGAGCUUUGCCGCCAGUGGCGCUGACGCCGAUGGGGCUGACAGCAAGGAACCAGCGGCGGCGGCGUUUGGUGACCUAUUGCGCUUCCUGGCGGCACAGCGCAUGGCGGGCUGCCUGCGUGAAGCGCUGGCGGCACUGCAGCGGGCGGGCGUGCAACUGCUGCUGCCGGGAGAAGACGUGCAGGAGGCCGAGGGCAGCGCGGUCACCGCGGCAGCUGCAAGCGGCGGAGGUGGUAUGCUGCGCGAGCAGCAGCACCUGCAGGAAGUGGUCGACUUCCUGACGCUGACGACGGCCGCUCCUGCGGCACCCGCGACUCCUAGCGCAGCAGUUGCCGCCACGGUCCAGCAGGCGCGCUCACACGCUGCGCCGGCUGCAGCCGUGGUUGGCUACCUACUGCAGGGCGAAGGCCUGCUGCCGCCGGCGCCCGCAGCAGACCAACGGCUGGCCGAGACGGCGCAGGGCAGGCGGGAUGGCGCAGCACCAGCGGCUGCGCCAUCGGCCGCUACAGCUCCGUCCGCAUUCACGCCUGCAGCUGGCGGCAUCAUGCACGAUGAAGACAUCAGCCGGGCCAGCUACGGCAGUUCCGGCACCAGCUGCGCAGAUGACCUCGCACGGCUGGAGUCAGCAGCGUCGUCCGCAGCCCUUACUGCACACCGGUUGAGUGGCUCCCUGCCCGCAAGGAUGGCCUGGUGGCUGCGGGUCUUGGCGUUCGGCUUCCCGCGCGCGCUGCCGGCUCCCACCCCCAGCCAGCAGACCGGCAGCAGCAGCCAGCAGCCGCAGCAGGACGCCCCGUCGUCACAGCCGCUGAGCCUGGAGGCCGCGUACCAGGCUUACAAGGCCGCCAGCUGCCGGCCCCUGGACCGCAUGUCCCUCAACCUGUACACCGGGUUCAGGGUGGUAUCGUUCGUGCGGACAUGCGCCACGGCAGCAGCAGAGGUGACGGCUCCAGCGGCGGGCAGUGGACGCCUUCUCUGGGUGUCCUGGCAGACGCUGCGGGCAGUCCUUACGGUGCGGCGUCGCGGAUUGCCAGUGAUGCCCCCGGCAGCGGCGCCCGAGCUGUGCGCUGCUGCCGGCGGCGGCUGCCCGCGGCCGUACCUGGAAGGCUGCUGCGGCGGCCUGACGGACCAGCAGCUGCAGCUGCUGUCGCAAUGCCUGUUCCUGGGAGCAGGCCUGUUGGGCAUAGUGCUGGCGGUCUGCACGCGGCUGCACCAGCGCCGGCGCAACGCGUUCCUGCUGCUGCGCGCGGGUCUGGACGCCGCGGCGCUGUUGGCGAUGAUGAUGCCGUUGCCGCGCUGGCCGGCGCCGUUGCUGGGGUUCCCAGAGACAUGGCUCGACAGCAACAGCCGCGCCGGCGUGCACUGGCUGGUGUUUGGGCUGUACGAGCCGCUCACGCUGCAGCUGUCGCCCUACCUGCAAGCGAUCCAAGCCCUCAUCUUCGUGCUGCCGCUGACGCUCCUCGGCUACCACUCCAGCGGCUGCCGCUGGCGGCCCGCGCUGCGGUUCGGCUUCGGGCACGCGCUGCUGGCGCUGGCGGUGUCUGCGGCCACGGACACACGCAGCCGGGUGCUGUACCUGCACCGGGCGCGGGGCGGCGCCGGCAGCAGGGGCUAGCCUGCUGCAGGUGCGUGAGCGGCGAGGGAUCAGCUUGGUCAUCACGAGUUGCCAUGCGUUGUGAACUCAGGGAUUGCUUGCGUGCACGGAUGCCCCUAUCAACUGACAUGAACAGUAUAGCCGCAUCCAUGCGUCUCUUGACAGAAGGAACAGGGGCCUGGGGUGCGCUCCCCUAGGUGUACUGCUUCCAGGUUGGAGCCAAGGAGGACAGGUGCUACUGCAGUCAGUCCAACUGGUUAGUUGUAUGGUAGUCAUGAAUGACGGCGGCGGGAGGGCACGGGAUGAUGGACCCAGGCAUCAAGAGGAGGACGCCAGUGCCUCGGCAGAGGAGGUUUCCUGGCGCCGCGUGGUGCAUGUGGCUGGGGGGAGGGGGCUGCGCGCGUGCGUGCAGGUGUGCCGUUGAAGUGCACCCCUGCGUGCGCGGGUAGCGGCGUAUCAAUUGAGACGGGGCUCAAAACGGUUGCUCCCUGUCGUGAGCAGGGUGGGUUGCUCGUAGAGUUGAAGCCCAUUGGCGGGAAACCCACGUGGGCCGGGGUGUCGAGCGCAUCAGCGUGCGGGGUGGGGCGGAAUAGGCGGCUGAAGCUUGGGUUGACAGCCUUACUUCCUAUGCAGCGCAAGCCCGAAGCCAAGCAGUGGUGGGUCGCGGGGCCUGGCGGCGCGGGCAGGUUGACUGGCGGUCCACGGCUCACAUGAAUCUG